AUGAAUCCUACAAGAAGUGUCGUUGCCGCUGCGCGAGCAGCGACAAGAUCCUCGAAAACCACAUCGAAACCAUGGCAUUCUUUAGCAUCCCGUCAUACCACGAUGGUGCAAGCAAGCAGGAUAGAGAACGCUUCGAGAUGCUUCAAUUCUCAAGCACCAAAGAAAGUCGGAUCUGCUGGCCUUGCAGACGCUUCGAAUCCAGCAAUGGCCUUCCCUUGUCUUGACGCUCUGGAAUCAAAGUCUGCGACACUUGAAGCUCGAUCGCUGUCCAGUGGCCCUGAACCGUCAUAUACAAGCGGAGCAACGCUCAAUUACCAUUGCCGUGACUCUUUGUUGCUCGAUUGGGGUGGAGUGCUGCCGGAAUUUGAUAUAGCUUACGAGACGUGGGGAGAGAUCAACGCCGACAAGUCAAAUGUGAUCCUCCUACAUACAGGUCUCUCAGCAUCGUCGCAUGCACAUUCAACGGAACAGAAUCCAAAACCUGGCUGGUGGGAAAAGUUCAUUGGGCCGAAUGGUUGUCUCGAUACAAAUAAAUACCACAUCAUAUGUACGAACGUGGUGGGAGGAUGUUAUGGUUCAACAGGCCCAAGUAGUAUCGACCCUGCGGACGGAAAAAGAUAUGCCACGAGGUUUCCGAUACUGACAAUGGAAGAUAUGGUGCGAGCUCAAUUCCGACUUCUGGAUGGGCUGGGAAUCAAGAAGCUAUACGCGAGUGUUGGGUCCAGCAUGGGAGGCAUGCAGUCAUUGGCAGCCGGUGUUCUUUUCCCGGACCGAGUAGGCAGAAUAGCUAGCAUCUCGGGCUGUGCUCGAAGCCACCCGUAUUCUAUCGCUAUGCGACAUACCCAGCGACAAGUCCUCAUGAUGGACCCAAGAUGGAACCGCGGCUUCUACUAUGACAGUGUUCCUCCACACGCAGGAAUGAAGCUUGCUAGAGAAAUUGCAACAGUUACGUAUCGGUCAGGGCCGGAAUGGGAGCAAAGAUUUGGACGGCGAAGAGCAGAUCCGAGCAAACAACCUGCAUUAUGCCCCGAUUUCUUGAUCGAAACCUAUCUCGACCAUGCCGGGGAGAAGUUCUGUCUGGAAUACGAUCCCAAUAGCUUACUCUACGUUAGCAAAGCGAUGGAUUUGUUUGAUCUUGGUGCAAGUAACCAGGAUGCAACCGCUGCACGGAGGGCUGCAGUUACUCAGCGACUCAAAGAAGGCCAGCGAGAGAACACAGAAGUCGCCUCCUGUAGUCUCACUCUCCCAGAUUCCCCUUACGAGGAGCAGCCAGAAUCCGGUUCUCCAACUGAUCUCAACUCCUCAGUACAGCAAUCAUCCGGGCCCCCAGAGGAUUUGAUUCUGGGAUUGAAAGGACUGAGAGAACAUGCUACACUAGUAAUGGGCGUCUCCAGCGAUAUUCUAUUUCCUGCUUGGCAGCAAAGGGAGAUAGCGGAAACGCUUCGAAGAGCGGGAAAUAACAGAGUCACACACAUUGAACUUGGAGAAGACGUUAGCCUGUUUGGUCAUGACAGUUUCUUGUUGGAUUUGGACCAUAUUGGUGCCAACCUCAAGCAGUUCCUGGCAUGA